CAAAACUGUACUUCGACCAAGCAGGCUUUAAAUUAGUGUGUUCUCUUUAAUCAGAAUACAAUUGACAAUGUAUAUAGUUAUUCAAAUAUUUCAGACACUAUUCUAUCUGAUUUACUGCUACUUAGAAGCUGUCAUUCGCUUCUUUGUCCCAGUGAAGAAAAAAAGUUUUGCCGGUACCAUUGUGUUGGUCACUGGAGCUGGCCAUGGCAUUGGGAAAGAGUUGGCCAUGAAAUUCAGUGAAGUCGGUGCCAGACUUAUCCUGUGGGAUAUAAACAAAAGACAAGUGGAAGAAGUUGAGCAGACAAUUCGUAAAAGUAGACACAAGGAUGACGCUGCCAAGUCUUAUGUCUGUGAUGUCAGCAAGGUCGAAAACAUCAAAGCAACAGCUGCAAAAAUGAGACGAGAGGUGGGAGAGGUGGAGGUGUUGGUGAACAAUGCUGGCAUCCUACAUGGUGGUUCCCUGCUGGAGAUGUCAGAGGAGGACAUCAAGAGGACGUUUGAUGUCAACAUUCUGGCUUAUAUUUGGACAUGUCGAGAGUUUCUCCCCUACAUGGUCAGGCGUAACGAGGGCCAUAUUGUCAACAUGGCAUCAAUGAGCGCUCAGACGGGUGUGGCAUACCUCACUGAAUAUUCAGCUAGUAAGUAUGCUGUACGGGGAUUUACAGAGGCAUUGAAAGACGAGAUGAGAAGAGAGGGCCACACAGGGAUUAACUUCACCACCGUCUACCCCAUGUUUGUAGCCACUGGAAUGACCAAGUAUACGGUUGGCAUAGGGGUCGAGUGGUUGACGCCAGCACAAGUGGCCAUUGCUGUGGUAGAGGGAGCUCAGAUGAACGAGACAUCUGUGUUUAUUCCCAGCUGGUACAGAGGCUUGCUCAAAAUUUCCAGUUUAUGGCCAUCGAAGUUUAAGGAAAAUCCAAACGAGUUGAUGUAUAAAGGUAUCAACCCACAAUACAAGGAGAGAAAUGAUUAAUUAAAUAUCCGGGUAUCAACCCACAAUACAAGGAGAGAAAUGAUUAAUUAAAUAUCCGGGUAUCAACCCACAAUACAAGGAGAGAAAUGAUUAAUUAAAUAUCCGGGUAUCAACCCACAAUACAAGGAGAGAAAUGAUUAAUUAAAUAUCCGGGUAUCAACCCACAAUACAAGGAGAGAAAUGAUUAAUUAAAUAUCCGGGUAUCAACCCACAAUACAAGGAGAGAAAUGAUUAAUUAAAUACCCGGGUAUCAACCCAUAAUAUAAGGAGAGAAAUGAUUUAUUAAAUACCCGGGUAUCAACCCAUAAUAUAAGGAGAGAAAUGAUUUAUUAAAUACCCGGGUAUCAACCCAUAAUAUAAGGAGAGAAAUGAUUUAUUAAAUACCUGGGUAUCAACCCAUAAUAUAAGGAGAGAAAUGAUUUAUUAAAUACCCGGGUAUCAACCCAUAAUAUAAGGAGAGAAAUGAUUUAUUAAAUACCCGGGUAUCAACCCAUAAUAUAAGGAGAGAAAUGAUUAAUUAAAUACCCGGGUAUCAACCCACAAUACAAGGAGAGAAAUGAUUAAUUAAAUACCCGGGUAUCAACCCACAAUAUAAGGAGAGAAAUUAUUAAUUAAAUACCCAGGUAUCAACCCACAUUAUAAGGAGAGAAAUUAUUAAUUAAAUACCCAGGUAUCAACCCACAUUAUAAGGAGAGAAAUUAUUAAUUAAAUACCUGAGUAUCAACCCACAAUAUAAGGAGAGAAAUUAUUAAUUAAAUACCCGGGUAUCAACCCACAAUAUAAGCAGAGAAAUAAUUAAUUUAAUACCCGGGUAUCAACCCACACUAUAAGGAGAGGAAUGAUUAAUCAAAUACCCGGGUAUCAACCCACAGUAUAAGGAGAGGAAUGAUUAAUCAAAUACCCGGGUAUCAACCCACAGUAUAAGGAGAGAAAUUAUUAAUUAAAUACACAGGUAUCAACCCACAAUAUAAGGAGAGAAAUGAUUAAUAAAAUACCCGGGUAUCAAUCCACAAUAUAAGGAGAGAAAUGAUUAAUUUAAUACCCGGGUAUCAACCCACAUUACAAGGAGAGAAAUGAUUAAUUAAAUACCCGGGUAUCAACCCACAAUACAAGGAGAGAAAUGAUUAAUUAAAUACCCGGGUAUCAACCCACACUACAAGGAGAGAAAUGAUUAAUUAAAUACCCGGGUAUCAACCCACAGUAUAAGGAGAGAAAUGAUUAAUUAAAUACCCGGGUAUCAACCCACAAUACAAGGAGAGAAAUGAUUAAUUAAAUACCCGGGUAUCAACCCACAAUAUAAGGAGAGAAAUGAUUAAUUAAAUACCCGGGUAUCAACCCACACUACAAGGAGAGAAAUGAUUAAUUAAAUACCCGGGUAUCAAUCCACAAUAUAAAAGAAGAGAAAUGAUAAUUUCACAACAAUUAAGAAUCUGCUAUAUUGUUCACUAAAAGAUCAGGGGCUGUAUUCGAUAACCAAAUUAGAUCUACCUUAAGAGUAAAAUCUGAGUGUUUCCCAUCUAAAUAUGUGUUAAACAUGCAUUAAAUCUGCAUUAAACACAGUGGUAUUGGCACCAUAUUGGCAUGCAUACUCACUGAGAGAAUUAAAAUCUAGAAAAAAAUGCACUUUUUGUGACUGAAGCGCAUGUUAUUUGCACUGAUUUUUUUAUUUUGGACUAAAACUGCUAUAAUGCACUAAAGCACAUUUUUCUGCAUUUAAAGUGCAUUUUUUCUAGAUUAAAAGCACUUUUUUGCGUUAAAGGCUAUUAUUUUCUGCAUUAAAAGUGCAUUUUGGUGAAAAGCAUAUUUUUUUUUUGAGAAGGGUUUGACUGAACUUAAACAUUAAUAAAUAAUCAAUAGACUGAAUGAAAUUAUUGAGACAUAUCUAAGGAUAAGAAUUGUAUUGAAUACUGGCUUGGCCAUGAAUUAUUUUAGUAGCAAGUGCUGAUGCACUGUUGUCUGCGAAUCAAUAAGGGCUAUUCCAUUUAAACAUGUAACCCCCGGGGGGAAGGCACUUUUAAACUAUGCCAUCCCCCUACAGAAGCAAAUUUACCCUUUUGGGGUCCAAAUUAGCGAAAAAAGACACCCACCCAUAUACUGUUCAAAUAAUUGCCUUCCUCCUCCCCCCAUCCCCCAGGGGUUAUAUGUUUUACUGGAAUAGCCCGAAAUAAUGCUGCUGAAAAUUUUUACCCUCAGCUUUGCACAAUUACCGUACAGGAAUGUUAAAUGCCUGCUUACUCCAUAUUAUUUUGGUACCGCUUAAAAUGAUUUCGUUACAUAAGAGUUUGAAUAGAAUUAUGUGAUUGAUAUACUUGAGAAAGUAUCGCUCACAAGGUUUUUGGUCAGAAAGGUUGCAAAACAGGUCAGUUACUGUUUGAUUUCAGUGGAAAUGAUGAUCUUAUUAGCAAUACCACAAACUGCAAUAACUUGUAUAUGUGUGAUGUUUUUAAGAUGGUUUAUUUUACAUAUUUGUUAUCAGUGAAAAAUGCACUUUCAAAUGGUACCAAAAAUAAAUGUGAUCGAAAUUUAGCAUUAGGCAAAAAGAAAUGGCAUGAUAAGAUAAAAAUAGUAUUUGUACCCCAAAAAAAUUAAAUGUCCAAAUUAAAAAUAAAUGCAAAAAUAGACCAUUGGCAAAUUAAAAUAAUCUACGUCUGCGGCAUUAACUAACCACAAUAAUGAGUAUUUAGAGAACUUUUUUUAACAUUCAGACAUUCAUUAUGUUCCCCUGGUGUAGAGUUGCCAAGAACUCAACACUGAAGCAGCUGUUUAUAUGAACUACAGCACUAACUAGUAUACAUUGAUUUGGAUGGAUCAUUUACAACUGUGCCAAACAUAGGUACUACCAUAGGGGCUUAUGUUUUGGAAAUAAAGUGUUACUAUUGACAAUAAAUGUGUCAUUCUUUAUCAUUCCAUCCACAAUUAAUAAUUUAAAUUAUCCAAUAUGAAAAUGUAUAGCUACAAGUAUGACUUUAAACAUGGUAACCACACAUUUAUUGUUGGUAAUAACAUCUUUUUUCACAAACGUCCGAGCCCCUGUGGGUAGUACUUGCCAUAUUACUUUCAAAAGUCUCAUGUCUAUAUCCAAGUUUUGUCUUGAAAAUGUAUUAUUGCAACAGUUGUUACACAAACAAUUCCUGUGGAAUAACAGACAUUGUAAAACUACUGAAAUACUAUUGGGAUUUUAUUUUUACCUGCAGAUGUAAGAGUUAGAUGACAUGAAAUGAAUUCUUAAUUAUUAAUAAUGGGCGGAGUGAGCCUAGCAAACGAGCCCUUCAUAAUUAUUAAGAAUUCACCUCAAUGCAUCUAACUGACUUAGAAUACAACCUCAUUGGCUGAUACAUUGUCACUGCAAACUCUGAUGCAGGGAAUGUGUAUUGAAUGAUUGGCAGUAGGCGGACUUUUUAACACGCACGAAAGCUGAAAUUCUUAAUGAUUAAGUCCACUACUUAAUGGUUGCCUUUCUGCAACUUCAUUUGCGUAAAAUGUAGGUUGUAUUCUAAAUGCUAUAAAACAUCCUAUUUUAAUAAUAUGUAAUUGACCUCAAGUGAUAUCUUUUUAAAUGUCCCCUUUGUUUGACAAAGGAUUGAAUAUUUUAUAUGGAAUGAUAUUGUUAUGUUUUUGCUGUGUUAAUUAAUUAUGCAAUUAUUAUACUAUACAUGUGUACGCCUAGUUAAGAAUGUUUGGGGUUAAUAGAUGUUCAAUAUAACA